CCCUUCUCUCUCUCUCUCCCUCUCUCUCUCUCUCUCUCCGGUCACCAUACCGCCGACGACGGCGAUACACUGAACCGUCACGUCUAAUCCAGAUCCCCACCAAUUUGUCAGAUUCCGAUCACCGGCCCUCUCGAUCCGUUUUCACCCUCAAGACCUCUGAUAACACCAGUCUCUUUGUCUCUCUCCUCCUCCUCCUCCUCCUCCUCCUCUCUGUCUCUCUCUAUCUCUGAAUUUAUAAUGAUUUGUUAUAUUUUCUAUAUCUCUGGUUGCUUUUCGAAAAAAUGAAAAAUGUUUUUGUACGAUUUUACAUUUCUAACCUCCAUAGGAGAACGACCCGCUUUAGCGAAGCCAGAUUUUUUUUUAUAUAUAUUUUUUUGAGCCAACUUUUUACCCGUUUCGGCCUUUAUCCUUGAUAAGCCUAAUUUGACGGUUUUGCCCCCGAAUUUGAUUAUAAACACUUGGUGGCUGACGUGGCAUGCUUUAGAUCAAAAAGGACGGCCAGGAUGAGCCACCAUCCACGUCGAAUAUUGUCUCCUGGCGCGUCUCGAAAGCGUAAAGAGAGGGAAGCUUUUUACUCGUUAAAACCACCGGCGCCACCACCACCACCACCGCGGCCGGCGGUGAAGCCACCGGCUGUAGCUGCCACGAUGUCAUCUAAGUCCGCCGAGCCUGUUUUGUCUAACCGGCUCCUAGCCGGAUACAUGGCUCACGAGUUCCUAACCAAGGGAACGCUGUUUGGGCAGAAAUGGGACCCAGUUCGAGCCGAGGCUGUGCCAGUCUCGAGCAGCUCAGCUGAGUUGAAGAGGACGAAGCCGAGCCAGAGCUCGGAAGCCGAGCCGAGCGGAAAGAUGAAGCAACAGCAACAGCAGAGCUAUGCUGAGGUGGCGAGCUUGCUUAUGAGGGAUGGGGCCCACAUACCUGGAAUUGUCAACCCUACCCAACUCGCUCGGUGGAUACAGAUGUGACGUGCCAAAUAAGAGUGCCGUGGGGGUACGUGGCAGCUUCUGAUUAGGUAGUUCCUUUUGGUUUUCCUAAGACCUCCCUUAUCGCAUUAAUAUCUCCAGAGGUGGUUAGUCGAACGAAACCAUGUGAACUUGCCGAGAACGUCGUCUCAUUCCGGCGACUUAUCAUAGCGUUCAUUUCUCUUAUCUCAUGAGAGAAUCAAUCUCUCUUUUUCUUCAUUUUCUGUUGUUAAUUGCUGUUGUUGUUUUAGUUUUGUUAGUUGAUGUAUGAGCGUCUUUUCUUGAAGCUGAGAGCAUAUGGUUAACUUAAUUACUGUA